AUGGUUAAGCAUCGUUAGAAAGCAUUCACUAGAAGUAAGAGAAAAGAUCAAAUCUUGAAUAAAUUACAAGAUCCAAAUGUUGAAAAUAAAGAACAAUUGUAAAAAGAAUUAGAUGAUAUUGUAAUACAGGAAACUAUGAUUAAAGUUGAAUAUCCAAAGAAGGUCAGCGAAGAUGUCUUGAAAAAUAUUGUUAUCAUGGGCCCUCCUAAAUGUGGUAAGACUCAUUUAGCCAAUUAUUUGGAGUAGACUCACAGAAGAAAAGUGAUUAAUAUGAAUGAGUUGGUUCAAUGGAAUCAAGAGAAUUAGACUUAAGCAUAUCAACAAUUCGAGUAAUAUUUAUAACAGAGAUAAAAUGAAAUCCAAUUUGUAUAAUAAGAGAGAGAGAAAUUAUUAAAGAAAGCAGGAAAGAAAUCAAAGGAUCUUGAAGACAAGUGGGGACCUAUUCCAUUGCAUUUAUACGAAUACUUGAGUGAAGAGGUCAUUGUAAAAUUGUUGAAAGCAAGGUUGGCUCAUGAAGAUUGUGGUGCAGGUGCUAUUUUUGAUAAUUUAUAAUCCAAAUAUUGGCCUAAUGAAUUAUAUUUGAUGAAAUGUAUCAUGGAGAUUGAUUCUCAUUUGUAAGUAGUAGUCUUGAAGGAAUAAUUUGAUCAAUAUGGUUUUGAAAUCUAGAAGUUGAUUGAAUGGCCAGGAAUGGAGAAGUUGGCUGAGGAGGACAAACCUAAGAAAGAAGAAAUAGUGGAUCCUAUUCCUACAUCGAAAGACAAGAAUAAUAAAACUCAGACUAAGAGAGGAAAGGAGUAAUCUUAGAGUGUAACUAAGAAGCAAGAAAAACCUCUAGUUUCACAAUUACAAUUAUAACAACAACAAUAAUCAAGAUAGAAAUCAAGGCCAAAGUCAUAACCAAAAUCAGCAGGAAAUCUUGUGGAAUAAAGUUACUAUGAUGUGUUUUACCCAGCUAGUUUUGAAGAUGAAAUACAGAAAUAGAAUUUCAAUGACUUGAUAACAAAAGUGAAAGCUUUGGUUGAGAAUAAAUAUCAUGAGAAAAUAGAAAUAGCUACUAAAAUUCAUGACCCUGUGUUUGAUGAAGGAAAGAAGGAAGAGAAACCAUAGAAGCCAGCAAAGAAAGGCGAUAAGCCACCUGAACCAGAAGAACCAAAAGUAGAAAUAAUAGAUUACACACAUCUGCAAAAAGGAGAAAGAUAAUUUAAUGAAGUUCCUUUCCAUUAUAAUUUACCAUAAUUAUGCUAAACAGGAUUGCAAGUAAUACCAGCUCCAAUUUAUCCAAAUCCAAAUUCGUUGCCAAUUCCUGAUCCAAUUUAUCAUUAGAUUGUGAUGAAGAAGAAGGACAACCUGAACUAAUCAAUACAAACAGGUAGAAAGAAGACAGACACAAAGGAGUCAUCAAUACAUCAAUCAAAUGCAACUCUUACUUAGACUCUGAAAUACUUUAACAUCCUCACACCAAAAGAUAUGUAUGUGAAGGAUUACAAAAUGCAAUCUUAAUAAAAGACAGAACAUGUUGAUGAAGACAAACACAAUCUCUAGGAGGAAUAAAAUAGACAUUUAGAGGAUAUCAAUUCACCAAGUAGGGAACAACUCUAACAUCCAGAUUAAUUGAAUAAACCAGUCACUCCCUCAGUCAAAGCAAGAGCCAAUGUUACUUCAAGAUCGAUUGCAAAUGUAAGUAAGAGAUCGCAACAGCAAAAGAAUGCAGAUUCAUCAUAAGGAAAUGAUCAGAAGUAUAAUUAUAAACUUGAAGAUUUAACUUAAAAACAAUACAGAUGGAAUAUCCCAGCUGGUAGAACAUUGAUUUUAGUGAUCUAAUUCUUUACUAAACAUACUGGUUCAUUUGAAGGCAGACUCAACUUUGACAAUUUCUUCUCCAUCAAGAAAUCAGCUGCUGAAGUCAAAGGAGUUGCUGAUUACCCAUCUUUAAGUGGAUUGCCAAAAUAACUGUUUUGGACUGUGAAGAAAGCAAGACCUGCUCUUGCACCUGAUUCAUACUUAAGCAAAGUUUAUGUUUUAGAAUGA